AUGGUGAUCUACCCCGCAUGGCUCAUUCUACUCAUCCAGCGCCAGCGGGGAUCUCUCUACCACUACAGACGGGAUCUCUCCACCACUUCAGACGGGAUCUCUCUACCACUACAGACGGGAUCUCUCUACCACUACAGACGGGAUCUCUCUACCACUACAGACGGGAUCUCUCUACCACUACAGACGGGAUCUCUCUACCACUACAGACGGGAUCUCUCUGCCACUACAGACGGGAUCUCUCUACCACUACAGACGGGAUCUCUCUACCACUACAGACGGGAUCUCUCUACCACUACAGACGGGAUCUCUCUGCCACUACAGACGGGAUCUCUCUAUCACUACAGACGGGAUCUCUCUAUCACUACAGACGGGAUCUCUCUACCACUACAGACGGGAUCUCUCUACCACUACAGACGGGAUCUCUCUGCCACUACAGACGGCAGGUUUUCUGUCUUUCUAGCGGCUACUUUCAUGUUUCACUUCGGAGACUUGGUGUUUGUCUUCUGUGCUCUCUGGACGGUCAUUCUACCUGUCUUCGCGGUCCGGACCGAGCUGACAGAUCAGCCUCAUGUGAUCGGGUCACCUCAGCCAAUCACAGCCGCUGUGGGCGACGACGUCAUCCUGCCGUGCCACCUGGAGCCCAAGUUCAACGUGCAGGGGCUGACGGUGGAGUGGUCCAAACCCGACCUCAAGCCGGACCCCUCGGAUCGGCUGAGCCGGGUGGAGUACGUUCACCUCUACAGGGACCGGAGAGAAGUCCCGGACAUGAAGAUCCGCUCGUACUUCAGGAGGACGUCACUGUUCACUGACGACCUGAGAGACGGAAACAUCUCGCUCAAGAUCACGAAUGUGACGCUCGCAGACGAAGGCAGAUACAAGUGUUUCAUCCCCAAGUUAAAGAGCCAGGUGAAGGACUCAAUCGUUCGACUUGUUGUCGAACCCAACUCUGUUAAAACCUGGACAACAGAGACGCCGCCGCAUCCCACAAGAGAUGUCCAAACUCCAGGUUCAGAUGAGACGGAUGUUAAAGGUGGUCGGCUCCGUCUGAUCGUUCUGGUCCCGGUUCUGGUUCUGGUCCUGAUCCUGGGCGGAGGAGUCGCUGGAUAUUUACUCAAACACAAGUGUCAAAAACAAAAUCGUCCGGAGUAUUUCGUCGCCCCAACCGAACCUCUUCCAGUCCAGGUGCUUUGCGCAGAGGCGACGUCGGUAGUUUAAUGGAGAGCAGCCCGUCCAGCCAGCCACAAGUGGACCGACCAGAUCAGCAGCGUGACGGAUACGGAUCGCCGUCGGAGAGAAUGUACAGUAAGUCUGAUUAGAAGAUGACCUUUUUAACGCUUGAUGACUGAGUGACUUUGCACCAAAACGCUGGAGGAAUCCGGGCUUCACGUUAAAAAGGUGGAUUUAAAAGCGACGCCUGCUAAAAACAGAUGGAUUUUCUUCCUGCACUCGUUUGGAUUAGACUGAGAGAAGAAGAACUGUGAACUCUCUUCAGCACCAGGAUCACUUUUCAUCUACCUCAGACUUUUUCUAUGAAAAGAAGAUGGACUUAAUGUCAGCACUACUGUUAUUUAUUAUAUAUGUUAUUAUACUAUUAGAGUUACAGUUUGACUUCACCAUGAUGGACAGAAAAUACGACAAAGGUGUUUUUUUUUUUUAAUCCAAACCUUCUUUAUCAUGAUGUCAUUUAUCACUGUGAGUGAAAUACUACUGCAUGUUGUUGUAGUACAUAGGGAUGUCAUACUUUAACUACCGGCUCAGCAAGGCAAAGAUGACCGUGGA